AUGCAUGUCUUAUCCAGAGGAGCCAUUGUCACACAAGGACUUAAACAGGUUGAAGUUCAAGAUAAAUCAGUGAAUGAGGGUGAAGUGUCCUUCAAGUUGAAAGUGUCUGCAGAGAUAGCACCAGUAGUCCAGAUUGUGGCUUACGCCAUCCUCCCCAGUGAGACUGUGAUCGCCCACAGUGCUGACUUCUCCACUGAGAAAUGCUUCAGUCACAAGGUGUCGCUGGAGUUUUCUCCGUCCUCAGCUGUCCCAGGAGAGGAGACCACCCUGCAGGUGACGGCCCAGCCAGACUCUCUGUGCGGAGUGAGCGCUGUCGACCAGAGUGUCCUCAUCAAGGAGCCAGGGAAAACUCUGGAGACAGACAAGAUAUUUGAUUUGUUGCCUGUAAGAAAAGCAACCUUUAUUCCAUAUGAGGCUGAAGAUCCUGUAGAAUGCUUGCAUGUGAGACCUAGAAGAUACGUUUUGCCAUACCCUGACCUUGACGAGAAAAGUGAUGCUCAUACAGUUUUCCAGAAUGUAGGUCUGAAGAUGGCAACAAACUUGUUUAUACGAGUGCCUUCAUGUCUAAAGUUCAAAGGAAGAGAAUACCACCAAGGCCACUAUGCAACAGAAUAUGUAUUAGGAGCUGCCAACCUGGUCCUGUAUGGCAUCUCCGAAAUCCAAUCCUGCUCCAAUAGAAACAGUCCGACUUUCUCCACUGAGACCUGGAUAUGGGACCUGGAGAGUCUGGAACGAAGGAUGUGUCCCUCACUGUUCCCAGACACCAUCACCACCUGGGAGACGGAGGCUUUCUGUUUGUCCCCUCAGGGUUUUGGCUUGGCUCCUCGCUUAAAGAGAUCAAAGGUCUUCCAGCCCUCUUUGCCUCGAGGCUCACGUCGCGUGUCUAUGUGUGGCAAUGAGCGCAAGACCCUCAGCUGGACCAUGGCUCCCUCAGCUUUGGGGGUUAUGAAUGUGUCAGUGCGUGCUGAGGCUUUGGCUUCCCAAGCUUCAUGUGACAAUGAGAUUGUGAGUGUGCCAGACAGAGGUCGUAUUGACGUGGUCACGCGGUCCCUCAUAGUAAAGGCUGAGGGAACUGAGAUGACAAAGACGUACAACUGGCUGCUCUGCCCAAAAGGGGAAGCUUUGACAGAGGAAACAGACGUACAACUCCCUGAGAACAUGAUUGAUGGAUCUGCCCGUGCUACACUUUCAGUCCUGGGUGACAUUCUGGGCCGAGCUCUGAACAACCUGGAUGGGCUGCUGAGGAUGCCAUAUGGAUGUGGUGAACAGAACAUGGCGCUUCUGGCCCCCAACAUUUACAUCCUCCAAUACCUGAAAAACACACAGCAGCUGACCCCAGCUAUCAAAGAAAAGGCUACCAACUUCCUGACCAGUGGCUACCAGAGACAACUAAACUACAAACAUCAAGACGGUGCUUACAGCACAUUUGGAUCAGGAGCGGGGAACACUUGGCUGACUGCUUUUGUGCUGAGAUCUUUUGCCAAAGCGCAGUCUUUCAUCUACAUCGACCCAACAAAGAUUGAAGAGUCGAAGACUUGGCUGGAGAGCAAACAACGAGAAAAUGGCUGUUUUGAACAGUUGGGGAAACUCUUCAACAACCGAAUGAAGGGUGGUGUGUCUGAUGAAGUGACUCUCAGUGCUUACAUCACUGCUGCCUUCUUGGAGAUGAAUACGCCCGUAAAGGCAUCCCAAGUGGUGAACUAAGAGCUGUCUUGCCUCAAAGAGUCCAUCAGUGACCUCAGCAACACCUACACCACAGCUCUGCUGGCCUACGUCUUCACCCUGGCAGGAGACAUGGAGACCCGUGCUCACCUUCUGAAGCAUCUAGACACGGUCGCAUUAAACCAAGGAGGUUUCCUCCACUGGUCUCAGACAGCAACAGAAACGUCAGCCUCUCUGUCUGUGGAGAUCAGCUCCUACGUGCUGCUGGCCAAACUCAGUGCCUCUCCUACUGCUGAAGACCUGGGCUAUGCUGCCCGCAUCGUCAGAUGGCUCACAGGACAGCAGAACUAUUAUGGAGGCUUUUCCUCCACACAGUAUGUACGCCGGGCGCGGUGUCCCAGAACCGCUGACGCGUGCCAGUUGCCGGUCUGGGCGGCUUUGGGUGUUUCCGGAGCAUUUUUCUUGAGCCGACCGGAGGAGAGCGGAGCACUGACGCAGGUCUGGACUCUUUUCUUCGUCUUCAACCGUUCUACUACCUUCACAGACCAAAAGGCUCUGGGCUCACGUAUAAUGACUGUCAAUGAUAUGAACCUCAUUGAAGGAGUCAGUACAAUUGACAGUUUUGGCUGGUAUCUCUGA